CCCAUUCCCAAUGUCCCCAUUCCCAUUCCCAAUGCCCCCAUUCCCAUUCCCAAUGUCCCCAUCCCAUUCCCAAUGUCCUCAACCCAGUGUCCCCAUUCCCAAUGUCCCCAAUCCCAUUCCCAAUGUCCCCAUUCCCAUUCCCAAUGUCCCCAUCCCAUUCCCAGUGUCCCCAAUCCCAAUAUCCCCAUUCCAUUCCCAAUGUUUCCAAUCCAGUAUCCCCAAUCCCAAUGUCCCCAUUCCCAUUCCCAAUGUCCCCAUUCCCGUCCCAGUGUCCCCAUUCCCAAUUCCAACAUCCCCAUUCCCAAUGUCCCCAUUCCCAAUCCCACUGUCCCCAAUCCCAAUAUCCCCAUACCAUUCCCAAUGUCCCCAUUCCUGUCCCAGUGUCCCCAUUCCCAAUGUCCCCAAUCCAAGUGUCCCCAUUCCCAAUUCCACUGUCCCCAUUCCCAAUGUCCCCAUUCCCAUUCCCAAUGUCCCCAUCCCAUUCCCAGUGUCCCCAAUCCCAAUAUCUCCAUUCCAUUCCCAAUGUUUCCAAUCCAGUAUCCCCAAUCCCAAUGUCCCCAUUCCCAUUCCCAAUGUCCUCAAUCCAGUGUCCCCAUUCCCAAUCCCACUGUCCCCAUUCCCAGUGUCCCCAUUCCCAAUUUCACUGUCCCCAUUCCCAAUGUCCCCAUUCCCAUUCCCAAUAUCCCCAUCCCAUUCCCAGUGUCCCCAUUCCCAUUCCCAAUGUCCCCAAUCCCAAUCCCAAUGUCCUCAAUCCAGUGUCCCCAUUCCCUAUGUCCCCAAUCCCAUUCCCAAUGUCCCCAUUCCCAUUCCCACUGUCCCCAUUCCCAGUGUCCCCAUUCCCUAUCCCAAUGUCCCCAACCCAAGUGUCCCCAUUCCCAAUUCCACUGUCCCCAUUCCCAAUGUCCCCAUUCCCAUUCCCAAUGUCCCCAUUCCCAUUCCCAAUGUCCCCAUCCCAUUCCCAAUGUCCCCAAUCCCAACAUCCCCAUUCCAUUCCCAAUGUUUCCAAUCCAGUCUCCCCAAUCCCAAUGUCCCCAUUCCCAUUCCCAAUGUCCUCAACCCAGUGUCCCCAUUCCCAAUGUCCCCAAUCCCAUUCCCAAUGUCCCCAUUCCCAUUCCCAAUGUCCCCAUCCCAUUCCCAGUGUCCCCAAUCCCAAUAUCCCCAUUCCAUUCCCAAUGUUUCCAAUCCAGUUUUUUAG